CGCGCGGCCUCGGGCGCCGGCUCCUGGGCUGUCAGCGCGGGGCCGCGGGUGCGAGGAGGUGCGGGAGCAGGAGGACCGCGGGCCGGGCCAGCUGCCGCCGUCGCCGCGGGGGGACGAGGUGAAUGCCCCUGAACCCCCCGCCCCAGGUGCCUCACGCGGAUCUGAGAGGCGGGGUCCCCUCCACUCCGGCGGGCGCCGCGCGCCGUGGCAGGUGGUAAUGGAGGGGAAGUCUCGGCUUUGGCCGCGGCGCCGGGUUCAGGCGCAUCCCAGAUUCCAUCCCUGUGUGGAACAUCUGAACAACUUUUAUUAGUGGAAACAUUAUUUUGCUACAAAAUGAAUUCAGCAUCUUAAUUGAAACCAGCAUCUGUGUGGUUCUGAUUCAUCUGCUAUGGUUUAUGAAGCUUCAGAUCUAAGGAGUACAGGGUCUUUUGCGAUGACAAUAUGACUAAUAGUAAAGGAAGAUCUGUUACUAAUAAAACAAGUGGUGGUCCAAGCAGUGGAGGAGGUUUCGUAGACUGGACUUUAAGCUUACAUACAGUUCAAUCUGAUAAGUUUUUAAACUUAUUGUUGAGUAUGGUUCCAGUAAUUUACCAGAAGAACCCGGAAGACAGGCACAAAAAAGCGAACGGCAUUUGGCAAGAGGGGUUAUCAGCUGUGGCACAGACGUUUGGUACCAGAUCUGAGCCACACGUGGAGUAUCACAGAGUCCCGGAGCCGUCUUUCCAUGGCAAUAAUGGGCACACGCCGCCCAGCUAUAGCCCCAAGUACGACGACUACGCCAACUACAAUUACUGUGACGGAGGGGAAGCCUCCGAAACGACCGCCAUGCUACAAGCUGAGGAAAGGCCCAGUGACGGCGAGGACGAUGUCAUCGUGGAAGCAAACCCGAAGCUGCCGAAGGAAUCCAGCGGCAUCAUGGCCCUGCAGAUCCUCGUGCCAUUUCUGCUAGCUGGCUUUGGAACCGUCUCUGCCGGCAUGGUUUUGGAUAUAGUCCAACACUGGGAGGUGUUCAAAAAAGUAACCGAAGUUUUCAUUUUAGUUCCUGCACUACUUGGUCUCAAAGGGAACUUGGAAAUGACAUUGGCAUCUAGAUUAUCCACUGCAGUAAAUAUUGGGAAGAUGGAUUCACCCAUUGAAAAGUGGAACCUAAUAAUUGGCAACUUGGCUUUAAAACAGGUUCAAGCAACAGUCGUCGGUUUUCUAGCAGCCGUGGCGGCAGUUAUAUUGGGCUGGAUCCCAGAGGGGAAAUACUACCUUGAUCACUCCAUACUGUUGUGCUCUAGCAGCGUAGCAACUGCCUUCAUUGCCUCUCUUCUGCAGGGAAUAAUCAUGGUUGGGGUUAUCGUUGGUUCAAAGAAGACUGGUAUAAAUCCUGAUAAUGUUGCCACACCCAUCGCUGCUAGUUUUGGUGACCUUAUAACGCUUGCCAUAUUGGCUUGGAUAAGCCAGGGUUUGUACUCCUGUCUUGAGAAUUAUUACUACAUUUCUCCGUUGGUUGGUGUCUUUUUCUUGGCUCUAACUCCUAUCUGGAUUAUAGUAGCAGCCAAACAUCCAGCCACCAGGACAGUGCUCCACUCGGGCUGGGAGCCUGUCAUAACAGCUAUGGUUAUAAGUAGCAUUGGAGGCCUUAUUCUGGACACAACUGUAUCUGAUCCAAACUUGGUUGGAAUUGUUGUUUACACACCAGUUAUUAAUGGGAUUGGUGGUAAUUUGGUGGCCAUUCAGGCGAGCAGGAUUUCUACGUACCUCCACUUGCAUAGCAUUCCAGGAGAACUGCCUGAUGAACGCAAAGGCUGUUACUACCCAUUUAGAACUUUCUUUGGUUCAGGAGUAAAUCAUAAGUCUGCUCAAGUUCUACUGCUUUUAGUAAUUCCCGGACAUUUAAUUUUCCUCUACACAAUUCAUCUGAUGAAAAGUGGUCACACUUCGCUAACUGUAAUCUUCGUAGUAGUAUUUUUAUUUGCUGCUGUGUUACAGGUAUUUACCUUGCUGUGGAUCGCCGACUGGAUGGUCCGUCACUUCUGGAGGAAGGGAAAGGACCCGGACAGCUUCUCCAUCCCCUACCUAACGGCACUGGGGGACCUUCUUGGGACAGCGUUGUUAGCCUUAAGUUUUCAUUUUCUUUGGCUUAUUGGAGAUCGAGAUGGAGAUGUUGGAGACUAAUUAAUCCUACAAACUGCUCUCAAGGUACCGAGAAGGAAAACGCAAGAUAACCGCCAAUGGCUUUUUCAGAAAUCGUUUGACUUCAGUCGGGGCACUCUGCACUUGGCCCUGAUUCCAUUAAAUGGCCUUAACGUUUUUUAAAGGAAUUUGUGUCGAACCAGAAUGAACAGUAUUUAUGCUAAUUUCACACAGACAUAGAAUCAAGCUCAAUCUCCGAAGUUAAUGAAGUAGGAAAGCCUAUAGGAUGUUUACAGUGAAUCAUUUUAAAACCACAGACACAGCAGAAAUGUACUUGAUUAUUGUUUAACCUAUAAUGCCAGUUUAGGGGAGAGUUCUAGUUUAACCUCUCUUGUCUCACGGAUGUGUGGUGCCUACCACAUACCAUCCAUAGAAUGAAAGGGGCCCAACCACGCUUUCAAUAGUUUUUAACUGUACCCGCCUCUCUGCUAGAUGAGGAACAAUUUGCCAAUUACUUACUCCUCACCUGACCUAAAUAGGUUCUGCUGAGCAUAAGAUAAAUGGACUUUGACCUGCUGCUAUGAAUUUCCCUGUGCCAAUGCUAAUUCAAUUUCUUCUCUGCAAGUCCUUGGCAGGCUGCCCUUGAAACAUAGAAUGACCUUGAGAGAUCUUUCAUGAAAGCAGUGGGUCAUUUUUGAUCAUUGAUUUGUUGAAAGAAUGUCGAUCUUGUUCAGAAGACUUAAUAGUUAAGAACAGGAAAUAAUCCAAGCUGCAUUUGUAGAGACGAGAAAGUGUGUGUGUGUGUGUGUGUGUGUGUGUGUGUGUGUGUGUGUGUGUGAGAGAGAGAGAGAGAGAGAGAGAGAGAGAGAGAGAGAGAGACAGAGAGAGAGAGAGACAGAGAGAGACAGAGAGAGACAAAUUUUUGAUGGAGAACUGAAUCUUGGCUUGUUGUUAGCAAAGAUCAUAGUGCUUUUAGAAUGUUAGCAUUAUAUAGUUAUUCUUAAAUACACUUUAUUGACAUACUUUUGUCAUUUGGUCCAAAAAUUUUGUUACUGUCCAGAAUGUAGUAUUUCUUACCUACAUGAUAAUUAUUUCUUAUUAAAACCACUGUGCCAUUUAACAUAGAAGAUUUAGAAUGGGCAGGUGAUGAAUUGGUUCUUCUGGAGAAGUCCGUUGAUAUUUUGAGGUGUGCCAUUUUAAGAGAGAAGUUGGUGGGUUACUUCAGUGGUUUCUCAUGCCUGUACAUGUCAUCUGUUUUUUCAGGCUCAUUGCUACAGGGGACCCUGUCAUACACACUGCUAUAUCUCAAACAGUUUCUAACCUCUGAUCUAUAUUCCAAACACUUAACCAACAUUUAUUCAUUCAAUAGGUGAGCAUUUUUAUAUCACAUGUAGUUCAUUUUUAAGACCAUCAGAUAUUUAAUAAUUUAGUUGAUAAGGGAAGAAAAAUGCACAUUAGCUUUGAUCUUCAUGGCUUAGUUGUGAGUUAGUGUUAAUAUUAUAUAAACAGUAGAUUGUUUAUACAUCUAUUGGGGAAAGUGUUCCUAUUAAACUCUUUAAAAUAAGGGGACCAUGGUUUAGAGUUAUAUAUUUUUGCUUAUUUUAAAACUUUAAUUAUUCCAUUCUUCUGCCUUAUAAUGAAGCUUCUAAGGCAGAGAACUGAACGAAUUAUCGAAUUUCUCCUUUGGAGAGUUAAAACGUCACAUAGUGAACAUUCUUCUGAAAGAAAGAAUGAUUAAGUUAAGCUGACGAAUAUUUAUCUGCAAAGACUUUUUUAUUUUUAAAAAAUCCAUAAAUAAUUUAUUCGAUUUUAUUGUAAAGUACUGGUAAAUUACUUGUUUACAUUUGCACCGUGUGAUUCAUAAACAUUUAUAUUUCCCAAUGAUUUCUCUAUUUUGAUUUUUUAAUAUCAAAUAGUGAACAGCAAGCCACAUUUUUGUAAAGAUUGAUUUUAGAGGAAGGAAGAGAGAGAGAGAAACAUCAAUGUGAGAGAGAAACUUCAAUUGGUUGCUUGAACCCGCAACUAGGUAUGUGCCCUGACUUGGAAUCAGACCCACCACCUUUUGGUGUACGUCCAACCAACUGAGCCACACCGGCCAGGGCCAGCAAACCACAUUUUUAAAGCAUUCAUCAACACCUUUGGUCUAGUACAUUGACAGUGCCUGUGAAAUAGGUCAGGUAGGUCUUUCUCUGUAUUAUAACAAAAGAAAUUGGAACUCAGAGAAGUUACAUUUUACAGGUUGCACGGCGGCAAAGUAACCAAAUUGUGACUAAAGACCAGGCGUCCAAUCUCCUGAGCCAGUACUCUUCCUAUGACCCUGCCCCCCCCAUCCCCCCCCCCCCCUUAAUGCACCAGGAGUACCUACCUAAUUACCCAAGAGGAGAGCAAUGGAGAAGCAGGGCUGUCUGUGGAACAGAGCAUUGCUGCUGCUUUUAGAUUUCAGGCAGGGAGACCUCCAUUUAAUGUCUUGAUGGUAAGUGUAGCCAACUGUGAAUUAUUCAUGUUCCUAAGCCCCAGCAAAACUCAGAUAAAUAAAAACAGUAGAAUAAAGAGAACAAUGCCUUAUUCCAGAGAACAUUUCAUUGCUACCACCCUUCCCAGAUCCCGUCAUUCUAGGUAGAUGCUGAGAAAGAACUAGGAUGACUGAUUUAUAGCUCCUUUCUCAGUCUUGGUUACAGCAACAAAACGUCUAAAAGGCAUGUGAUAAAAAAUAAAAAAUAAAAACGUGGAAAAAUCAGUCAUCAAUUAACUGAAUUAAUUUAUAAGAGGGAUGUAGAUUCCUCUAAAACAUUGUACUGUUUUUUGAAAGCCUUUAGAUAAGUAUGCGAAUGAUAAGAUGACCUAUUUACCCACAAAAAUAAUUUGUUAUCAGUCUCAAAUAAUGUGAAUUCACAGUAUUUUUAUACAAUAUAAAAAUUCCUGCUUUCCAAACUUCUUCCUUUCACUAAUCUACCAGACACUUUAUUUACACAGAGAUAAUUUUUUGAAAACAUUUUUUUAUUCUUGGUUACCAACCAUUUUUUUUUUUUAAAUCGUUUCUCAGAACAUGAUAAAAUGGGAGCUUAGGGUAAUGUAUCUUCUGGAAGACAUCAGAAAUUCCGCAUCGAGACUAUCAGUGAUGUAGCCAAAUGAAGUACAUUUUAAAAAGUCUUUCAGUACCUGGGCUUCCUCGCCAUAUAAUGUAUCUGUGGUAUGAUAGUCUACCCAUUUAUUCUGGGCAUCUUUCAUCCUUGAAUUAUUGUAAACUCAAAUAAGAAUAAAACUGAAGAAAUAUUUA